AUGUGCAGCCGCGGGAAGGACGCACCUGCGCUUGCUAGCGACGCUAAGGGUGUGGCAGAUCGCCGUCCGGCCGCGCUCGCGCCGUCGGCGGCCCCAUCUGGCCCCCCAGUUAGGACGGCCAGUGCUAUAUCUACGGAUUUGAUGGACACAGCUACGGAAACCUUGAAGACAGCGCUGUCUGCUCCGCUCCCCGGUUCUGAAGAUGAGAGCUCCACCGCGCCUCAGCCACGCGGACGAAGCGGGAAACAGAAGAGGAGGGCAACAGCCGCGACGUCCGCUGUUCGCAGCUCGCCGAUCGAGAAGAGGGCCAUGCAAGAUUUCGCCCCUGACGCCGACGGUUUUGUCCCGGCCCGGCGAACUGCAAGACGCAGGCAGUCAUCGAUGACGCUUCCACCAGCCGUCGCCAACUCAUUCGACGCGCUCGCUGACGCUCCAGAACAGCUGCCGCGCGAUCCUGCGCGGAAGAAUGACUCCCAUCUCCCGCCGGUGGUCCUCCAGUUUCGGCCGCCUUAUGGGGAACCGCAGAAGUUGUUGCGCAGCUGGACAACGGCCGUGUACACCGUGAAGCCUGCCGGGCGUGACCUGUACAGGGUCACACUCCGCACUGCUGGCGAUUAUCGCCGGGUCACUCAGGAGGCGUCUGAGCGUGCGGCAGCGUCGGAGGUGCCCUCCUCCCUCCCGACAGCGUCGGACGCUUCUACUCCCGCCGCCUCCGAGGCCGUGCCGACACCUGAGGCCACUGCGCCUCCACUGCAGACGACAGUGGCGGAACCGAGAACUGCCUCACCCACGGCGUCGACCAGGCCACGCCCCCGUGAGUACCCAGCGAUCGGCAACGUCAGUCGGGCAGCCCCAGGUGGCCUCUCACAGCGAGGCAGCCGCGCCUCCCCCUUCCAGCGACGGGGCCGCGCCUGCUGCCUCCACUGCUGA